AGAAAAAAAAAAACCUAACGACAGACAGCGUGCAUUUUUAGCCUGCGCUAGUUUCCUACUUUUUUUCAAUCCUACGCCACAGUGCGUGCGUGCGUGCCUUGCGUACAUUGCGUUCUUUCGGCGCAUCGAGGCUGCAGGUUGCACGCAGUGUCCGUUCGGCGGUACAUUGGUGCAGUUCAAAUUUGCUCGCGUGUCAAGCCGGCCGUAAACUCCUCGGGAUUAUCUAACCUUCCAAUUUUUUUUUGUGUCGUCUGUGUGUGCACAAACGGAGGCUUUGUUGUUCCCCCCCAGAGUGUUGAAGGGAGCGAGAAAAAAAAACAAUUUAAAUAAACAGGAUUUGGUGGGUUUUGGUUUGGGUGAUUCCGCGCGCAGGUGAAACGUUUGAAAGUGUGUUCUUUUGCCACCCCCCCCCCCCCCCACCCCAUUGCUCCUCCAACCCGCGCAAAAGGACGGUAUCAAUCAGCACCACUUCAAACGAUAGCAAGCACGUGCAAACACAGGGCGCUCCAGCGAUCAACACACGCUUCUCUGUCAAGAGUGCCAAUCAACUUUCGCGCGGUGCGCUUAUCUUCCCGAAAAAAAAGAACCAACCGGCUGCAUAAUGCCCUGCAAAACGUGCGGCCAAGACUGCAAAUGUUUGCGCAUGAUGAGCAAGCGUAGCUGCGGCACCCGGUCGUGCGAUUCGGGCUGCACCUGCAGCUGCAACACCGCCACGCCGUGCCGGAGCACCGGCGCCCAGCCGGGACCGGACGGGCAGCCGGAGGGAGCGGCCGGGCGGCAGCGGUCGGAAGGUGGCCCGACUGGGUGCUGCUGUGCGACAGCCGACGGUGGCGAGGACGGUGCGAGCGCCGGCUGCGGAGAUGCCUGCACGUGCUAGGAAGGGGACGAAGCGUACCGCCGACCAGUGCCGCCGCACUCGCUAGAGAGCAAGUGGACGAAUAAAAUCGCACGAAAAUUGGGCCAA